CAGUUGAAAGCCGACGCACGAACGAAGAACAUCAAUGUCCGUCAUCUCCUCGUAACUUUAACUAUAAGUGAAAUAUUUUGUGAUAUUUAGUUUUAGUGUGCCAAAAUAGAAAAAAAUGGAUGACGAUCAACAGUUUUGCUUAAGAUGGAACAACCAUCAAUCAACGUUGGUGUCCGUUUUCGAUACCUUAUUAGAAAAAGGCGUUUUGGUGGACUGUACCUUGGCAGCGGAAGGAAAAUACCUCGACGCACACAAAGUAGUUUUAUCGGCUUGUAGUCCAUAUUUCGAAGCGCUGCUUUCCAAACAUUAUGACAAACACCCCGUCCUGAUCCUGAAGGACGUGAAAUUCCAAGAACUGAGAGCCAUGAUGGAUUACAUGUACAGGGGCGAAGUGAACAUAUCCCAAGACCAAUUGGGCGCGUUACUGAAAGCAGCCGAAUCGUUACAAAUCAAAGGUUUGUCGGACAACAAACGCGCCGAGACGGAGAGCAGAGACAGAAAACCGGCGCCGCCGCCGCCUUCGCCGAAGAGCCCCCAGCCGGCGGCGUCGAUACCUCGAGUACAAGGGCUGUCGAUAGAGCAGCGGAGCCGCGACGAUUCGCGCGACGGCAGCGUCUCGCCGGGGCCGCGGAAGAAGAAACGGCCGAGGCGGAAGAGCGAGGAAUUGGACAAUCACGACGCGUCCAAUUCGUCCGAAUCUCACAGUCUACCCGCCCAAAACAUUCCCUCGUUACCGACGGUCACGAAAAUGAACGCCGACGUGCCUGAUCAACUAGAAAGCCAAUCCGAGAUACUCACGAGGCAUAAACAGUCCGACGAAUUGUCUCAAGUUCCUAUUAAAGAGAAAAUAGAAACGCAUACGGAACUGAUCUUGGAGCCAAAGUCUGAAUAUGUAGAGGAAAUGAAUGAGGAUAGCGUGGAGGAUUUGACGCUAGACGACGAUGACUUGAGUAAUAUGGAACAAAUGGACGAUGGGGCGGGACCUAGUCACGGGAACGCCGGCGGAGAGGGUCCCAGUCAAGGAUUCGGCGGUUGGCACAUGGGUAACCAAAGUCAAGACGAAGUAUUCCUGGCCGCGCAAGAGGCCGUCGGUGCACACAGAGAUUCACAAGGCGGAAAAAUGAUGGUUCUGCGACAAUUCGAACCUUAUAUCUCCGGUGGGUUUCCCUGCGCCAACUGCGGGAAAAUCUACAAACACCGUGGAAACAUGCGUAGGCACAUGGUGUACGAAUGCGGGAAAGACGCGCGAUUCCAGUGCUCUUUCUGCGACAGAAAAUUUCACCAACAAUCUAACCUGAAACGGCAUUUCGAAAACAAACACGGCACGCUGCCGAAAUUCAGCAAAAGCAUUACGGUUUAUCGAACCAAAGUCCGAUAAGUUGAGCUUUUUUUUUCAAAAUUUUUCGGGAGUAAUCAGUAUUUAUAUUUGUCAAUGUGUAGAAAUCAAUCCGCGUAUUAGUUUCGGACAAUUCCGCCUGAAAUUCAUAGUACUGGCAGCAUUUAGAAAAUUUUUAUUGGCUUUUCGAAGCAAUUAACUCGUAGUUUUUUACACGUUAAUAGGGAACCUCCCCCUUCAAACGCAAGAAUUUAUUUCAACAGUAGUUGUAUUUCCACAUUCAAACCGAAUUGUUCGAAGAACAGAAGGUUUUUUAUCUUCAACCACCUCUUAUACAAAGAAAACGUUACCAAAGAUGUAUAUAGUGUAUAAAAAAGUACAAAUUUAAAAUCUACUAUAAAAUAGGGAAAAUUCGGUCGUUUGAGUUAGCUUUGUGUUUCUGUAUUUUACUAGUAAGAAACGACCGUUCUUAAAAUAUUCUAGUCGAUUUGUGUGCCAUAUUUUUCGUUACGAUAGAUUAAAAUUGUUCCUAUUUAAAUAUAUUUAUCGGACCAUGAGUGUAGCAUGUCUUAAGCAAAGAAAAUAUACCAAAGAUUUUUUUGCCAUUGAGUCGUUUCUGUGGUUAUCCCGAAGGCGUAGGCGUCGCGACGCGGAUGAGAUGCUGAGUAGGCCCGUAAAGGUAAGUAAAGCGAACUUAUUUUUGAGAAAACUCC